AUGCAAAAGCAGAGUGUGGACAAUAUGCACCAGCAGGGCACGAGAAAUGCCCCCUCAAUGUCUGUUGUUCAUCAUUUGGAUUCUGUGGAACAACAGCAGAGUUUUGCGGCGAUGGGUGUCAAAAUGGCUGUGGUGAGAUCGAACGGCCAUCUGGGACAGGAGCCAGUGCUCGUUCUAGGACAAUCGGCUACUACGAAGCGUGGUCGUAUGGGCGUCAAUGCGACUCCGUCGCGCCGGAAGAUAUCGAUGCCAAUCUGUGGACUCAUAUAA